CGGAAGUAGUUUCUGCUGAUGACCCGGAACCGCUCGUCGCGUUCACUUCCCGCUCCCGCCCUGCCUCACCAUAGAGAUGCCAGGUGCGGCGUGCGUCGCGGGGCCUGCCGGGAAGGGAGUGGCGCGCCUCGGCCUCGCGGCGUAGCCGGCUGGCGGCACCGAGAGCCUGAGGGCAGCGCGCGGGCCGCCGCCAUGGCGGGAGGCAGCAGCGCCGGGGAGUGGUGCCUCAUGGAGAGCGACCCGGGCGUCUUCACGGAACUCAUCAAGGGCUUCGGCUGUAGAGGAGCACAAGUAGAAGAAAUAUGGAGUUUAGAACCGGAAAACUUUGAAAAAUUGAAGCCGGUGCAUGGGCUGAUAUUCCUUUUCAAGUGGCAGCCAGGAGAGGAACCAGCAGGUUCUGUUGUUCAAGAUUCCAGGCUGGAUACAAUAUUUUUUGCUAAACAGGUGAUAAAUAAUGCUUGUGCUACUCAAGCCAUAGUAAGUGUGUUGUUAAAUUGCGCUCAUCAGGAUAUCCGUCUGGGAGAGACUUUGUCAGAAUUUAAAGAAUUUUCACAGAGUUUUGAUGCUGCGAUGAAAGGCUUGGCACUAAGCAACUCCGAAGUGAUUCGACAAGUUCACAACAGCUUUGCCAGACAGCAGAUGUUUGAAUUUGAUGCAAAGUCUUCAGCAAAAGAAGAAGAUGCAUUUCACUUUGUAAGCUAUGUUCCUGUUAAUGGACGGCUGUAUGAGCUGGAUGGAUUAAGGGAAGGACCAAUUGAUUUAGGUUCAUGCAAUCAAGAUGACUGGAUAAGUGCUGUGAGGCCUGUCAUAGAGAAACGAAUACAAAAAUACAGUGAAGGUGAGAUAAGGUUUAAUUUGAUGGCUAUUGUAUCUGACAGAAAGAUGAUAUAUGAACAGAGAAUUGCAGAAUUACAGCGACAACUUGCAGAGGAGGAACCUAUGGAUACAGAUCAAAGCAGUAACAUGUUAAGUUCUAUACAGUCAGAAGUUGCAAAAUAUCAGAUGUUAAUCGAAGAAGAGAACCAAAAACUAAAAAGAUACAAGAUUGAAAACAUUAGAAGAAAACAUAACUACCUGCCUUUCAUCAUGGAAUUAUUAAAGACUCUAGCAGAACAUCAACAGUUAAUACCAUUAGUAGAAAAAGCUAAAGAAAAACAGAACGCCAAGAAAGUUCAGGAGGCCAAGUGAAGAUGACCUUGCAAAAUACAUACAACUAUGUGCUUCUGAAACUAUUUUCUUGACAACAAAUAAAACUUUUCAUAAAUGUUAAAUUUUGUCCAUCGCACGUUUGACAAUUGUAACAGUUUGUCUUAUGCUGUAUGCACGGGUCUAGUUUUUUUUCCUUCUCUUGCAUCUUGUGCAUGUAGUACUACUAAGUAAUAUUUAGGUUCUAUUGGUCAAAUUCCUUAUUUAAGUCUGAUUUCUGAAUGUUUGGAAAGUGGGCUUAAACAUGUGCAAGGAAAAUGUACCCGUUUUGUCCCACGUGAGUAUAUGGUAAUGAUGCAAAUGCCAGAAUUUAAGUCUCAGCAUGAGCUUUCUUUGCUCAUCCCUACUAACAGUUGUUCUGAGCUCAUCCUCGUUAUCCAGUUAUUCAGUGACAUGCCCUUUGUCUUUGUUUUUUGAAGUCCACGUCUGAUUUUUUACAAAGUUGAAAACUACAAAUCUAGCAGUAGAAACAUUUGCAAAGACCAAUGUAUAAUCUCAGAUCUGCAUUGCUUUAGUAGAAAAGAUAAUAAAUAUUCCCAUUUUUAUUUUGGCAAACUUUCUUCCUGUGGUAUCUUUGUUGUUGGAUACGAUAACUUAAGAUGUAUUGAAGGUUGUCAACCUCGUGACUGAGUAUCUGCACUGCAACUUUUUUUGCUGUUGUUUUGGGUGUUAGUAUUGGAUAUAAUCUAGUAUUCUUGUAUGUUAUUUCUUUAAAACAGUACUUUUUAAUUGACCGUAGGAGGUAAAAGGAAAUUUAAUUGUCAAAGAAAACGUUACAGUGUAAGAAAAAACACGUUAAGAAGGUUCUUGUUCAUAACAUUGCAGUGAAAGGUACUUGACCUGUCUUCCAUGGACCAAAGGGAGUGCAAAAGCUCCUACUUUCUUAGCACUACUCAGUUUCUACUAAGGGCAGGCAAGCUGUUUUGGUAAAGAUAGCAACAGGUUGUUGCAACAAUGCAUAAGUCUGAAAUUACUUAAGCAAAAUUGGUGUAAAGUGUGUGUAAAGUCUUUUGGGAAACUUCCAGUGUUCUUCCAAAGGGCUUGAACAAGAAAUAGGGAAAAAUAAGUAAAAGACCUCAGGCUGUUUGGAAGACACUUAAAACCAGUGAAAGGCAUUAAUUUUGAUUUAUCUAAAGUUAUACUUCAUUGAACUGUGAGCUCAUUUGAUCUUGUAUGAGAGUGUUCUCUAGAGAAUUUCUGGAAAGCCCCAUACAAAACAGAUUCUCUUAUCUGUUGGUGCUUCGUAUAUAUUGGCAGAAUAAAAUUUUGAUAGAA